AUGGACGAGUGGUACACAGCGGAGUCGGACUCAGAAGACAUCGCUGCAGCUAUUCGCGAGGACGGACAAGAGGCAACCUUUGACGGGGAGGAGGAUCCCAAGUGCCCCCCGAUCCAAUUCUCGGCUGCUGAGGAGCGGCUAUUUUGCAGGGACCUCCGAUCUGCUUUGGUGGUCAAAGCUCUUGGCCGUUCAGUGUCAUAUACCGCCAUGUCUCUCCGACUUAAUACCAUCUGGGCGAAGGCGGGGGGUAUCCAAGUUACCUCGAUGAAGAAAGGCUAUUUCCUGAUCCGCUUCACAAGUGGUCUCGACUAUGAGCGCGCCAUCACCGGUGGACCAUGGAUGAUUGGACCGAGCUAUCUCACAGUCCAUAUGUGGGAUAAAUAUUUCAACCCGUAUGAACACGAGAUAUCAUCCACGGUGGUUUGGGCGCGUCUCCUGGAACUCCCAAUUCAGUACUUCCAUCAAGAAGCGGUGAUGAAAAUUGGGCGUCGCAUGGGUAAACCGAUACGCAUAGAUGCCGCCACACGUACAAAAGCUCGAAGUGACUAUGCUAGAGUGUGUGUGCAAGUCGAUCUCACCAAGCCCCUCCUAUCGCAAUUUACGAUCAACGGGAAAAAAUAUUUCAUCCAAUACGAGGGUUUGGAUAAGAUUUGCCUGAGCUGUGGCACGUACUCAGAGCUAGGUGCAUGCCCAUGCACGAAGACCUCAACUCCGAUGGAAGAUGACAGCCACGUGGGGGUGAACCAGACGCCAGUGGACGAACCGCAACGGGAUGCUCUGUACGGGGACUGGAUGAUAGCGAAACGGAAACCGCGACAGCCUAACAGGGAGCAAUCUACCCGCACCCAUAAAGAGGGAGGCCACCUGCCGCUGGGAAAAGGGCAGUCUCGCAAUCCAGUCCAGGGGUCCCGUUUCGACGUGCUGCGAGGAGACGACAUGCAGGAGAACUCGGUGGAUCAACCAGCUCCUGUUGGCGGGGUAGCACUAGAGGGGGAAAUACCCAACACCCACGUUAAGCUCAAAAACAAAUCGAAGACUUCUGACGUCGGGACCAAACAUGCGGCUCCCAUGCAGCCAAUCCCACUCGAGAGGGUUUCGUCGCACCGCGGGCCUAGCAUUGAGGAUCAACUGCCGAAGACACCACAAAGCGCCACUCUAAAUGCUUCACCAACUGCGGAUGAAUCGGAUACAACCACGACUCCCCUUCCAGCCGCCCUAAUCUCCGAGGUCCGCAAAGUACACUCUGCUCCGCCACCUGUAAAGACCAGAUUGGGGGACGAGCAACCGGACCAUAACUUGGCGAAGGAGCCACCUGAUGACAAUGGUAUCCCUAAGGGCCCCCGCAAGGCCCAUAGUGGUGAAACGAGGAUUGUCUCGACGACGAGCAGUGACGGGAUCAACCCGUCGGCGAAAUAA